GCAAAUUUGUUGAAGAAAAAUCCGGGUUCAAAAUGUCCAAAAAAAGCCAUCCAUUCACCUCGACUGAAGAAAUCACGAUUUUGAACCUGGAGACACAGCUGUCGUACUAUGUGGAUAUGUAGAUAAAAUUGAUGGCAUGAAAGUAGUGAGCAACGGAAAAAAAACACUAAUGAAGUUCAUUAUAAAUAAAGGAAAUGGGGCAAGGAUUCGCGUGCUGAUGUGGGACAAUGUCGCCAAAACCAAUUCACCGAAGAUUUGUCAUCAUCAGAAAAUGUACAUCACCAUGGGCAGCAUUAGUCAGGCCAAUGCAUUCUAUCAAACAAACGAGGAUGUUGUUCCUGUAGAAUUUAAUGUACAGCCUGCCAGCAUUAUCGAAUUUCUGGGAAUACUUGAAGGAGCUGGAAUUGUCAUUCCCGAAAACUAUCCAGAAGUGGGAAUGGAAACUCUACUUUGUCGCCAAGAAGCACCAGUAUCAGUCAUUGGUUUCAUAAGGAGUCCAUUCGUUGAAGUGGUGCAUUUCUCAUCUUCUCACGGAGGAGGAUGCAUUGUUAAUGGAAAACAUAGAUUGGCAAUUCAAAUUGCCAUUUUCAAGCCGGAAAAGGAAUUAAAGAUGGGUACGUGCGUCAAGGUCAUGGGGAGACUGAAGUGUCGAAUUAUCAAGAGCAAUAAGGGCUUUCCGGAGUACUUCUUCGAAGUCCCAAACAUGGAUCAUAUCAUUGUCAUCGAGGGCAAAAUUGCCACGGAGGAAGAGAUGUCAUCGGCAGUCAUUUCAGCAACCUCUAAGCGGUACUCCACGGGAGAGUUACCAGACCCAAAACGUCGCCUCGAUUCUCAGGAGACAAAUUAUGAUCAGGAAGAUUCUGCGAUGGGUAACUGAAGAUUUUUACAAAUCUUCUAUUAGUGAAGGGCAUAGAAAUAAAGAAUG